AUGUCUUUUAAACUGUGUGAUAUAAUUAAAGCGAUUGAUAAUUUUUCUAAUAAUCCGGAAAUCCAAGGAGGACGUAAUUCUAUUGGUUAUUCUAAGUAUUAUUGCCCUGAUAAUAACUGUGAUACUGAUGUCAAAAAAGUUAUUUCUACUUUUAUAACAUUAGUAACUUUAUUGAAUGGUGCUGAUAAUUAUGAAAAUUUAGAGAUUGAUAAAAUGGUUGAAUAUGCUAUUUUAUGGUUAAGUUAUAAACUAAAUCAAAAAAUACAAAAUGGAACCACUAAAUUACACGAUUUUUAUACUGAACAUAUAAAAACAAAUAGUAAAUAUGAGGAAAAAAUACCUACUAAUAGUGGUUAUAAGAUUAAUCAGAGUGUUAUAGAAAAUAAAAUAAAAUCGAUGAAUAUGAAUAUUAAAGAUAUAUCUAAUUUUUAUGAUCCAUUUAAAUCAUUAUGUAACAUGUAUAUUGAAGUUGAUGCAAGCAACCGAUGCAUGACAUGUUUAAAAAAUGCUGGAGCAUUUUUUGAAAAAUGUGAAAAACUUAAAAAUACUUUGGAUAUUACUAAAGGAAGUUCUUAUUCACAACUAUGGUAUAGUUUAUCAAAUGAUUAUGAUAAAUUUAAAGAUAAAUAUAAUAGUGUUAAGUGUAGUGAUAUCCCAUCACUUGUAGCUUGUCCACCAAGUCCAGUAACAAAAAAUACACUAAUUUCAACUGCAAUUAUAUUUUUUGCAGCAUCAAUUUUAUUGGGAGUUUAUUAUAAGCAUUCGUUAUUUGGAUUUCGGAGAAAAGUUCAAAAAAAUUUAAGAAAAAAGCUAAAAUCAUUAAGAAGAAAAUGGAUAAUUAGUAUAUAA